CAACAAGAUUUAGUUUUUAUCGCUUCCCGAAGUGAAACUGGUUUUCGUUUUACUCAAAAAAACCCUUGAAUUGCUCGCUUUUCAGCCUAAUAUCGAGGGUAUGGACGGUUUGGAGAAAAACACCGAGGAUGACUUGGCGAUGCAAACAGAUAUUAUAGCUAUGGCGACGAUAAAAAAGAAGGGGAAAACAAACUAUCAACAAGAGAAUGCUGGCUGCCUGAAAAUGUUUGAGAAAUGGACGGAAUCGGAACAAGUUAAAUUCGUCGAAAAUCUUUUGUCGCGAAUGUGCCAUUACCAACACGGACACAUUAACUCAUUCCUAAAACCCAUGUUACAGCGCGAUUUUAUCACAUCUUUGCCAGGCAAAGGUUUGGAUCAUGUCGCUGAAAACAUUUUGUCAUACUUGGAUGCAAAGUCCAUGUGUGCGGCAGAGUUAGUCUGUAAGGAAUGGUACAGAGUUAUCAAUGAUGGUAUGCUUUGGAGGAAGCUGAUUGAUAGAAAAGUUCGCACAGAUUCUAUGUGGAAAGGAUUAUCUGAAAGAAAGGGAUGGGGUCAGUACUUGGCAAAGGGAAAAUCAGAAGAUCCACAGAACAAUUCAUUCUUUCGCAAACUUUAUCCACAGAUUAUAUCUGAUCUUGAGACAAUUGAGACAAAUUGGAGAACUGGUCGUCAUCAACUUCACCGUAUAGUCUGUCGUAGUGAGAACAGCAAGGGUGUGUAUUGCUUGCAAUACGAUGAUGAGAAAAUUGUCAGUGGGUUGAGGGACAACACAAUCAAGAUUUGGGACAGGAGAUCAUUAGAAAGUUCACUUGUUUUGACUGGACACACUGGUUCUGUCCUGUGUUUGCAGUAUGAUGAAAAUAUCAUUGUUACUGGAUCAAGUGAUUCCACUGUUAGGGUGUGGAACAUUCACAAUGCAGAGAUGGUGAACAAUCUUGUUCAUCAUUGCGAGGCUGUCCUCCAUUUGCGCUUCCAAGAUGGCAUGAUGGUAACCUGUUCAAAAGAUCGUUCCAUUGCAGUAUGGGACAUGCAUUCUCCAACUGACAUAAUCCUGCGGCGAGUUCUGGUUGGUCACAGAGCUGCUGUUAAUGUUGUUGAUUUUGAUGAUAAAUACAUUGUAUCUGCAUCCGGAGAUCGAACUAUCAAGGUUUGGAGUACGUCAACUUGCGAAUUUGUGCGCACUCUCAACGGCCAUCGACGUGGCAUCGCUUGUUUGCAAUAUCGCGACAGAAUUGUGGUCAGCGGCUCAUCGGAUAACUCGAUAAGAAUUUGGGAUAUCGAGUGUGGAGCGUGUCUGAGAAUUUUGGAAGGUCACGAGGAAUUAGUUAGGUGUAUUCGAUUUGAUAACAAGAGGAUAGUUAGUGGGGCGUAUGACGGGAAAAUCAAAGUAUGGGAUCUGAAGGCAGCACUCGAUCCUAGGACCCCUCAGUCGGCGUUGUGCAUACGGACACUCGUGGAACAUACCGGACGCGUUUUUCGCCUUCAAUUUGACGAUUUCCAGAUCGUGAGCAGUUCUCAUGACGAUACGAUCCUUGUGUGGGACUUUCUGAACGGUACGGACCAAAGUCAGCCCACGACGAGAACAUUGCGUACCGCGCCAAAUACGGUCUCAUCACCAACUAGGUAGCACACUACUCUCCCUUGUGUGGGUGGCCGGGGGGAGCGCCCAUUUUGUAGCAAACGAUUUUCCAUUGCCCCACGCAAUUUUCACGUGCAUUCGUUCCACCGUAAUUUACAAACGUUUUGUUUAGAACAAAGUUAGCAUGAAAUGAACUUAAAAAUAUCAUAAUAUACCUUCGUACGGGUUGGGUGAAAGGUACCUCAAAAAUGAGCUUCUAUAACUGAGGUACCUCAAAGACCAGCGAGUUUACCCCGCUGGAGAAAAUAUACUGCAAUGUGUGAAAAAAGUUCCUUUUUGCAGUAAAAAGUCUAGUACUGUAAAACUGAUUACUCUUCAAUCUUACACGUAAGGAAUUAUUUAUUAGAGAGGUCAACCUAAUCUGAUUUAUUAUGGUUCGUUUUGAGGUCUUCCUGCGGGGCACAUGCAGCUAGUACACUUUGAAAAUUCCACUAUGACAUAGUGGCGAAUGCAUAUUAUGCAUAUUUAGCAUUUGUAAAUAGAAAAUUUAAGCCUGUUGAUAAAAUCAGUGAAAAAAUAGAUAUUUUACAGUAGAAAAUGUGAGACGUUUAAGGGU